UUCAGGUGAGAUGGAGGAGGACACCGCUUCUAGUAGUCGUGCUCGUAGUGACACAAGACGCAUUGCUGACGAGCUUUGUCAAGGAUAUAUUGCUCAUUCGCUGGGUCGUAAAGGUUUCAGCGACGCCAUUCCUCCUAGAAUGGCAGCAGCGUGUCGGUCGGCAGAUACAUCGCGUGUGCUCAAGCGUCUUCAACCACUCGCCGACUCAUUCGAAGACUCGAAUCCGGAGGUGUUCCGGGACUUGAUACUACGUCUUGACGUUACCGCCGAGACGGCGUAUAAGAGUUUUGUAGACACAUCACUGGAACUCUUUGAUGACGGAAUAAAGUGGGGAAGAAUAGUCGGUCUGUAUGCCUUAUCGGCGGCUGUGGCGGUCGAGUGCGUGCGGCGAAACUUGAACAGAUUUAUUGUUAAGGUCUACGAAUGGCUCUUUACAUUUAUAACAGACAAUUUGCUGGAGUGGAUUGUAGACCAUAGCGGCUGGGAGGGAUUUAUGGAGUUUUACGGGCAAAGAGAGCAAGGAGCAAACGACCACUUUUGGACGUUUAAUAAAAUAGGUGGAGUAGUGGCAAUGGGAGGACUGCUCGCUGCCGCAUUGUUCAUGAAAUGAAAUGCAUAUACAUGGCUCGGGAACGGUUGUGUUGCUGACUCUAUUUGGAUGCAGUGCUGCUGCGUAAUUGUAUCACAUACAACGGUAGUCUUCAUGCUGCUGCUAUGUUGCAGCUACAACAUACUGUUACAGAAGUUUAUUAAUUAAUUAGUUAUUGGACUUUAUAUUAGUAGUUCGGACUAUCAGACUUUGUAAUGAAAUAAACGUAAGGGAAAUACACAUUAUGUUUUUAGCAAGAGAUAUACAGUGCUAGCUGUUGGAAUAUCAGUCUCUUGAUAUGUUUA